GACUGCAAGUGCCAAGCAAGGCGCACAUCCCCUCUGUGCAGUGCAGAUAAGGCUUUCUCUCUCUCUCUCCCUCUCCGCUAUCCUCUCCGGCACGAGCUGUCCAAUCCACUUCACUUCCGGUCACUCCAUCGGCGGCGGCGCGCCUAGCCCAGCAGAGGACGAGCCAAUGGUGGCUCCCGCAACGCUCUCCCUCCGCCCCUGCGCGGCGGCCCUCGCACCGCCACGGGCCGCGCUGCCCCGCUCCCGCGCCGGGCUGGCGCCCGUUACUCGGCCUCGUCAGGCCGUCGCCGUCUCGAUCCCGCCGAGGCGGUUCGGUAGCCUCCGCCGCGCCGUCACCGUCGACUCCGAUCGGCAAGGCUCCUCGGAGCCUUCCGAGCAGCAGGAGAAGGGGCCGAAGACGUACUACUUCCUGGUGGCGAAUGCCAAGUUCAUGCUGGACGAGGAGGAGCACUUCCAGGAGCAGCUCGCUGAGAAGCUGCGCCUUUACGCCGAGCGCGACAAGGAGCGCGACUUCUGGCUCGUGGUCGAGCCCAAGUUCCUCGACAGGUUUCCUAGCAUCACCAAGCGCCUCAAGCGCCCCGCCGCCGCGCUCGUCUCCACCGACGGCAACUGGAUCACUUUCAUGAAGCUCAGGCUAGACAGGGUCUUAGCGGACCAAUUCGAUGCAGAAUCGGUUGAAGAGGCAUUGGCUUCUAAUCCUGUUGAGCUGAAAUUUGACAAGCCUGAGAAAUGGACAGCUCCAUACCCUAAAUACGAGUUUGGAUGGUGGGAGCCUUUCUUGCCCCCAAAGUCCAGCAAUGGCACGGCGUAGAGAUAAGUAGCAAUCCAUAUGAGCAAUGUAAGAUUUGUUCCAUGUAAGUGAUGAAUGUAAUUUUUAAUUUUCUUGCUGCUUAUGUAGUCCAUGAUGUUGUGCGAGUACAGUUAGUGACAUUAGUUGCAGAGUUUUGGUAAUACCAAAUAAUCAGUGGUUUUGUUUGAGAAA